CGUGACGAGUUCAUCAUGAUUAUUGCUUUCGUCUAAGAUUUAUCUGCUGUUAUUUUCUUUGAUUGUUUUGUACCGAUUAAUAUAAUAUCUGCAUCUUCUAUCUACGCUUUCUUUGCUUUAUUCCUUCGUUACUGUUGCAUAAUUUAUAAACCUGCUGUGUCUCGAUUGUUCCCAUUUUUCAACAAUUGCGAAAUAUCUCUUUCUUUCUACAUAUUCUCCGAGUCAAGGCAGUACCUGACUCCUUACUGACUUCGACCCCGACCUUAACAGCCACAAUGAGGACGUCUGGGACAUCUGAAAUCGCCAUGCUAUCUUCGUUCAUUCUCUUACUCGCAUGUUUCCUCAUAACCUUUGAUUCUGUCAGUGCAACAGCGAAUGAGCUGUCUACGCACAAUUCAUCCAAUGACAUGGAUUUGAUCUCGUUCUUGAAUACUAAAAUUCAGCGGCACGAUGUUAUAUUCACAGAAGCAGUCCAAUUACUAGAGUCGAUGAAAUCUGCUCCAUCGUGCAACCGGCUUGCCGCAACCAAACUGGUGACAUCCUGCCAAUCAAUCGGCGGCAAGGGUAGCAGUCUCGGAACGGACAACUACGUGACUUUGGAACGCAUUCGUUCAUUAUAUGCGACAAGGCUGGCUAUUUGCGAGCUCGAUGGAGCUGGAGCAUCAAUUCCUCCAUCGUGUUCCCCGAUUGCCGUUCCAUCACCGCAGAAGAGAAGUUUCUUCGGAUUCCCAGGUAAAUAUAAAUCUCAGGGCGACAUUGAAGAUAUACCGCAGCACCUCCUCGAGUCGUGUCUUAAGUCACUUGAAUCGAGACCGCAGUGGUGGACGUCUUAUAGCAACAGUAGGCAAAACUCUUUGGUGAUUUGCCAAGCGGCGAGGAUUGAGGGUGAGAAGGAGGAACUACUUGAAUUGCACAAACAUAUCAUCGAUGUUACACUCAAACUUAAUCAUGGUUUUGAGGAGGCGUUGCGGACUGCGGCUGCUGAAUCUGUAAAGCAGAAGAAAUUUGUCCAUGCUAUUGAUACCAUGCGGAACAGAUUGACUCGUGAAGUGGAGGACACUGAGACACAUUUCAAGCGCUUCAUUGGUGGAUUAUUUCAUGAUGUCGAGGCCAGCAUUGAGUCUGUCGUUUCCAGUGUGACCUCGGCUCUUGGAAGGGUUCACACAGGAACCGCAGCUCUCGAGAAGGAUGUCCGGAAUGUUUCCCACGAGGUUGAUCAUCUGCAAGAGACUCUACGGGCUGUCCACGUGGAAACUCUGGCAAGAGGUGAAGAACUAAUGAAGGUACAUCGACAAGAUUCGCAUACCCAGAUAGAAAUUGCAUCAUCUCUUCGUUCAUCCUUGGAGUCGCUUCUGCAAGGCGACAUGGUUAGGCUGUCUCGGGAAAUGGAAACCUUUGACACUUCACUAGAAUGGUUACUUGGAAAGAUGGGUGCUAUUCUACACCAGGAGGCCAAGGUGUCGGAGCGCCUUCGAACCUUCGAAUCAAUGAUAGGACGGUCUGAGAUGAAAGCCGAGAACCUGCAUAGAGCACAACUGCUGCAAUCCAAAGCUAUUGCGGCACAAUCCCAAGCGCAGGAUAAUAUACAAACUGACAUCCGAAUCUCCCAAGCAUUACUCAAUAAAAUAACCGCCACUGCAGCCAACCUCCAAGCUAUGGUUGAUGAGACAGCAACCAAAUAUCGAGACUCUCCUGCUUUGGGUGGUUUGCAUGGGACCUAUUCCGCCUGGACGGUCUGUGCUCUGCUUUUCAGCAUGCUUGGUACGCAAAAUCCAAAGUCUGCCCUGGCAGUGCUUUUUAUCGGGAUGACUCAUCUCAUCGUGACGAGGGUAAUCUUUUGAUGGCCAUUUGACCUGUAAACGACUUGUUUAUAAUGCUGUAUCAUAUACUUUACGCGAUAUAUUUACGACCGGUCACGACUGUACAACAAAAUCUCUCAUUUUCUAUAAUCUACGGGAUUGCUGAAUGUUAACUGCCGAAUUCAUACGAUUUGCCUGUUAAUUGGCUCAAC